CCCUGCCGGACUCCCACAAGGCCACCGUCCGGGUAACUUCUCCCUAUGGACAUCACUAUCACUAUGUAGAACAUGUAGAGUCUGGUAAUUUUGCAUUUACUGCAGCAGAGUCGGGCGACUAUAUGGUUUGUUUCUGGGCACCCGAUCACAAGCCACCCUUCACACUGUCAAUUGAGUUUGAUUGGAAGACUGGGUUUGCUGCCAAGGAUUGGUCCAAAGUUGCCAAGAAAGACCAGAUUGAAGAGAUGGAACUUGAGCUUAUGAAAUUGUUGGACACAGUCUCAUCCAUUCAUGAUGAGAUGUUCUAUCUUCGUGAAAGGGAGGAAGAAAUGCAAGAACUGAACAUUGCAACCAAUGGGAAAAUGGCCACUUUCAGUUUUCUGUCCCUCUUCGUUUGCCUGUCUGUGGCUGGUUUGCAGCUUUUGCAUUUGAAGUCAUUCUUUGAGAGAAAAAAACUCAUAUAAACUCUUUUCUCUCUCCCUCUCUCUCUCUGGGUAGUAAGCCUGCAGAUUUCCAGUAUUCAUUACACAGGAACCAGCUUUAAUUUAGGUAGGGUAUGUAGAUGACAAAACCAACUUCAUAACAUCCCCUUUUUUAUCGACCUGAUAUUAGAGGAUAUUUGACAAAUUUAAUUUUUUUGAUUAAAAACGGUGGAACUACGAUAGUAUAUGAUAGCUGUAGCAAUUCUUUAAGUAAUCUCUUCUUUGUAUUUCUAACUGCAAGACCAUUUGCAAUUCAAUUCUUUUUUAUUACUAUUAGU